AUGUCUCCAACCACCGGGACAAUCCUCUCCCUCUCCAUCUCCUCAGAACACACGUUCUCCAAAACCCCUGUGGAAUCAAUCACCCUCCUCCACGGCCUCGGCAUCGAGGGCGACUGCCACGCCGGCCAAACAGUCCAGCACCGCUCCCGCCUCCACAUAACCCCGCCCCCACCGAAUCUCCGCCAAGUGCAUCUGAUCCCAAUCGAAAUCCUGCAAACGAUUUCAGAGACGUUAUCGGAAAGUGAAAAGGCACAACUCCUCGCCCCGGGCGCGCUGGGCCAGAAUAUCACGACGCAGGGAAUUGAUCUGCUAUCGCUAUCUGCGGGGACGGAGUUGCGUUUCGUCGACCCGUCGAACCCAGGUGCAACAGCGAGCGCGGUUCUUGUUUUGACGGGCCUCCGUAACCCCUGUCCGCAGAUUAGUAAAUUCCAGCCCGGGCUCCAGGAGCGGUUCAUUGUCCGGGACGCGGAGCGGAAGAUCGUGCGGCGCCUCGCGGGGGUCAUGGCGACGGUGAGCGUGGGUGGGGAGGUAAAGGUGGGGAUGGGGAUUCGGGUUCUUGCCCCGGAGGACCAUGUGGCUCUUGGCCCCGUGUAG